AUGGCCUCAAUCAUUAACGCCUUAAGACCGGUGGUGAGGAGAGUUGGCGCAUCUGCAUCUGCAACAAGACCUGCAAUUAGACUCAGUAGGCAGAGUAGACUAUAUCAACAUGCCCGCCCCCUCUCCGCCACCACUUGCCUUCGUUCAGACUUUCCAAUCGAUAUAACCGAGAUCCCUCCAACUCCCAUAACGCAUCUCUCCGAAAUCGAAACCGCCAUGUCCGAAUCUGUAUCUAAAUUCGCCAACGAUAUCAUCGCGCCCAAAGUGCGGGAUAUGGAUGAGGCUGAGAGUAUGGAUCCGACGGUUGUGGAACAACUGUUUGAGCAGGGACUUAUGGGGAUCGAAAUACCCGAGGAAUAUGGGGGUGCGGGCAUGAACUUUACGGCGGCAAUCGUGGGGAUCGAGGAACUGGCAAGGGUCGAUCCGAGUGUGAGUGUGCUGGUGGAUGUACAUAACACGUUGGUCAAUACUGCGGUUAUCAAGUAUGCGAGCAAAGAGUUGAAGAAUAAGUGGUUGCCAAAAUUGGCUACGAAUACUGUUGGAUCAUUCUGUCUAUCUGAACCAAUAUCUGGAUCCGAUGCUUUCGCCCUCGCCACUAAAGCCACGAAGACAGACUCGGGAUACACGAUUUCUGGAAGCAAGAUGUGGAUUACCAAUUCGAUGGAAGCAGAGUUUUUUAUCGUAUUUGCAAACCUUGACCUAAGUAAAGGUUAUAAGGGGAUUUCAGCUUUCGUCGUCGAAAAGGGUUUGAAAGGAUUCUCCAUUGCUAAGAAGGAGAAGAAGCUCGGUAUCAAGGCUAGCAGCACGUGUGUUCUCAACUUUGACGAUGUGGAAAUCCCCAGGGGGAAUCUCUUAGGGGAAGAGGGUCAAGGUUAUAAAUAUGCCAUUGCCCUUUUAAACGAGGGCCGCAUCGGAAUUGCAGCUCAAAUGACUGGGCUGGCUCUGGGAGCAUUCGAGAAUGCCACCAAAUACGUAUGGAAUGACCGAAAGCAAUUUGGACAGCUAGUAGGAGAUUUCCAGGGCAUGCAACAUCAAAUUGCACAGUCCUACACAGAAAUUGCCGCAGCUCGAGCUCUAGUCUAUAACGCUGCACGCAAGAAGGAGGCGGGGGAGAACUUCGUUCAGGAUGCGGCUAUGGCUAAGCUCUUUGCCUCGCAAGUCGCUCAGAGAGUAAGUGGGUUGGCGGUUCAAUGGAUGGGUGGUAUGGGGUUUGUUCGUGAAGGUAUCGCAGAAAAGAUGUGGCGAGAUUCGAUGAUAGGAUCGAUUUAUGAGGGAACGAGCAAUAUCCAAUUGACAACGAUAGCAAAGUUGUUGAAGCAACAGUACAAAUCUUAG